AGAGGAAGCAGGACUAGUCAGGCGGCUUUGUCCGCAGUAAAGCAGUAGAGCGCAUGGUAUUUUACACUGCUAAAACUAUAUGUUCCAUUUCAUUGUUUGGAAUACUCAUCAGCAAGAAAUGAAGCUUACAAGCACAAAAUCCUGAAAAAAAACAACACAACAGAAAAUGCAUCCUUAAAAACUGGUACCGUUUUCGUAGAACACAUUUCCUGUGCCUGACAGCAAAGAGCGGAGAAGCCCUCGUCUCAGUUGCGAACACUUUGCCACUUCGAAAAGAUUCGCAAGGCUGUGUAUGACAUUUAUUAUUGUUUAAGACAAUGUGUGACCUAAUGCCAGCUUCGCAACCUACAGAGAAAAUAGGCAAAAUGAAAAAGUUGAGAAGAACUUUGUCGGAGAGUUUCAGCCGCAUUGCCUUCAAGAAAGAGGACAGCGGCUUUGAUGAGAUAUGUGUCACGAAGAUGUCCACACGCAACUGCCAGGGAAUGGACUCAGUCAUCAAGCCCCUGGACACUAUCCCUGAGGACAAGAAGGUGAGGGUCCAGCGGACGCAGAGCGGCUUCGACCCCUUCGAGAAGCCCGCCAGCCAGGUGAAGAGGGUCCACUCCGAGAACAAUGCCUGCAUCAACUUCAAAGGCUCGUCCACGGGGAAGGAAUCGCCCAAACUCCGACGCCACUCCAGCCCCAGCUCUCCUACAAGCCCCAAGUUUGGGAAAGCAGAUUCCUAUGAGAAGCUGGAAAAGCUGGGAGAGGGUUCAUAUGCCACGGUCUACAAAGGGAAGAGCAAGGUGAACGGCAAGCUGGUUGCACUGAAAGUGAUUCGCCUGCAGGAAGAAGAAGGCACUCCCUUCACAGCCAUCAGGGAAGCAUCACUUUUGAAAGGCCUGAAGCACGCAAACAUUGUCCUGUUACACGACAUCAUUCACACAAAGGAAACUCUAACGCUGGUCUUCGAGUAUGUGCAUACUGACUUGUGCCAGUACAUGGACAAGCAUCCUGGUGGUCUCCAUCCGGACAAUGUGAAGCUAUUCCUGUUCCAGCUGCUGCGAGGCCUGUCCUACAUCCACCAGCGCUACAUCCUGCACCGGGACCUCAAGCCCCAGAACCUGCUGAUCAGCGACAUGGGGGAGCUGAAGCUGGCUGACUUCGGCCUGGCACGAGCGAAGUCGGUCCCCAGCCACACGUACUCCAAUGAGGUGGUGACAUUGUGGUAUAGACCGCCAGAUGUACUGCUGGGCUCCACGGACUACUCUACCUGCCUGGACAUGUGGGGCGUGGGGUGCAUCUUCAUCGAAAUGAUCCAAGGAGUGGCUGCUUUUCCAGGGAUGAAGGAUAUUCAGGACCAGCUGGAGAGGAUAUUUCUGGUCCUGGGUACUCCUUCUGAAGACACAUGGCCGGGUGUCCACUCCUUGCCCCACUUCAAGCCGGAACGGUUUACCGUGUACAGUCCUAAGAAACUGAGGCAAGCUUGGAAUAAGCUGGGUUAUGUGGAUCACGCAGAGGAGCUAGCCUCCAGGUUUCUCCAGUGCUUCCCAAAGAACCGCCUUUCUGCCCAGGCGGCCCUCAACCACGAGUACUUCAGCCAUCUCCCCCCGCGGCUCUGGGAGCUGCCCGACAUGUCUUCUAUCUUCACUGUACCAAAUGUUAAACUGCAACCUGAGAAUGGGGACAGCAUUCAAGUGUGUGGGAAGACCAGCAGCCAUGGCAAAGGGACGUCCAACAGCAAGCACUGACCAGCUGACCCCCCCAACCUCCCUCAGGAGCCAGCCAGAUCACAGCUGUCAGCAGUCAGACGAAGAGGACGAGGAGACAUGUUGGAUGGAUUGAGCUGGAUGGGGACACCUUUUCUGUUUAGAUUCACUACUUGGUUAAAAAGGCAUUGUAAGUCAUUGUAUUCAUGUAGAACACCUCAGAUGUAGUCAAUCUGAAAUGUUCUUUUAUUUUAUGAGGGAAAUAUUGCCAUAUAUUUCUGAACUCACAGUGUUCUAAUGGAGACAGUGACUUCAUGAAAGGUAACGAAAAAGUAUCUUAAAGGACAUUGAUACACAGUGUAAGCAUCUAUUCAUGUACAGUGCAUACAUGUGCGUGCGUACACACACACAAACACACACAUACAUACACAAAAAACAGAGCAUGUGUCAGCAUGCCUUUAAUUCAGUCUUUAUCUUUUUAAGGGCAGCCUCAUGAACAUAUAAGAAUGUGAUCAGUGAAUAUUUUACAUGAUACAUCCCUACAGGAGUAGAAAGCAUUAGGCUCCACAGCCUGCCAUUCUUCCGGUUCUUUAAUAACCACAAACAUCACUGUAAAAUAUAGCUCGAUAGAGUAAUAACAAUACCAAUAAUAAUAAUUCAUUUUUAAUAAGCCAGUGGUUGAGCUGCUGGUGUCAGAUGUUGCACAGACACAUCUCCGGGGACAGUACAAAUAGUGAGCAUCUUCACUGACCACAGAGAAAUAUGGUCACUCUGGAAUGUAGUGUCAUCCAAAGUUGAAACAUACUUCCAGUGUGAUUUCUCUCUGUUUGAGAUAGAUGGGUAUGUACUGUAUGUUAACAUGUUAUGGGCAAUACUCUUGUAUUGGUGCUACCAUGUAGGGUAAUACAUGGAUCCUGCAGAACAGUUAGACAUGAGAGGUGGCCUGAAAAAUAUCAAUAACCCAAAUGUUUAUUUGUAUCAUUCUUAUUAUCAUCAUUGUCAAUAUUAUCAUGAUGAUUAUUCUUUACACGGGGAACAUGACAAUAGUAUUGAGUUUUCAUUUCAUUAACUGUCCUGUGAAAGGCAGGACUGACAAUGCAGUAACUCACACCCUUCUCAGGGUUCAGUUAGUUCAGUUCAGUUAGUCUUUCACAAAUGAUUUCAAAUGAUUUCCCAAUAAUUAAGUGUGUGGGUAAUCAAGUUUUUGCAGAGAGGAUUUCAUCCGAUGAGGAAGCGGGGAAGGGCAAGAGAGUGCCAGCCCAGCUUUCCUCCCCGUCCCCUCUUACUCACCGCGCUGUCUCUGGGCCAUGUCACGCAGCUCAGUGUGUCACCAGACCACAUCCCCUGAGAAGCAAAAUACUCUUCCAGUAAAAAAAAAAUCUUCCAGAGAUGAACUGUGCUGUUAUGAUACUUUCUGUGUGCUUUGCCUCUAGUGCGUUCUGGUAUCGUACAGAUUUAUCAGUUCAGAGCUUAGUUUAAUGGUACUGCGUAAUAUUUAUUAAUGAGUUGAAUUGUUUUAUUAUAUUGCCAUGUUUGCUGAAAUGAAAAGAGAAUGGUAAUCUCCAGGUAUUGUCUCACUUUAGGAACAUCAAAAAAAUCUAUCUGUGUGGAUGUCUAAGCAGUGUUUCAUAAAACUUGUGAAGUUAAGACUAUAAGUGAAUAUCAUCAGUAUCAGUUAAAGAGCCCGACUUUGAACAUCUUGAAUGGAGCCCUGCUAUUAGCAUAUAAAGAAUGAGAGAAGAGACAUUAAAGUAAAUAUCUGGAGCACUGAAUAACACAUGCAUGCACAGACCAUAAACACGUACAUAGACUCCAGCAGUUCUUUAAGAUUGGGGGGGAUGACCCGAUUGCAUUCCUCACUCUGACAGCAUCACCUUAGUGGGGCAGACUUCCCUGGGGGACAAAAGAAGCCACGACUUAGCACCCAGCCCAGGUCACUACCUUACCACUUUUUUCUGCACCCUGUUGCAGUUUCCUAGAAUAUAUUCUCUUCAAAAAUUAUUUUUAUUUACAUUACAAAGAUUUUUGCUCUGGCAUCCAACACAAAUAUGCACAUGCAUGGUAUGUAUACAUUGAAAGCGCUUAAAUACACACUGCAUUUUUUGCAGCCAUCUGUUUAGGAUUAUUGUUCUUGCUGACAGAAGCCCUUUGCCUCGUGCCUGCGUGCACAGCUUUAAUAGUGUUAUCAUCAUAUGGAUAACGUUCUGAGCAAAGGCAAAUUAAAGUAGUUGGGAGUUUAAUUUUUUGCUAUUAAGAAUGCACUUUUUACAAUGUUUUUGCUCAACAUUCCAGUUUAAAAUAUGUCACUUUGCACCCGAAUUGCCCUUAAUGUCGCUCCGGUGUGAAUGAAACCAUAGUGUUGGUGGUCGCAACUCUUCUAGUAGACGAAUCUUUGAUCCAUCAGGUACGGAAUAAGAAAUACUUGAAGUGAUUUCAUUGCAUUUCAGUUUCAUCCUUAACAAGUAUGUUCUGUUUUCAGAUAAAGGGAGCGCGACCUCCUAAUACUGUUAAAUAGCGUGACAGAGAUGUGACAAUAAGAGGACAUGGCUCCAAGGAGGUCCAAGACGCUAUGACUUUUAAAGCAAUCCCAGGCAGUGUUAGCUGCUGAGUACUUAUUUUUCUUACUUAUGUUAAGCACACUUUAUUGGUAUGUUAUUGCAUUUCAUUUCAAUCCGGCAGCAACCGUGUCGCCUGCAAACACGUAAAAUCGUACGUCAGCGGCUGCUGCACCAAGUUUGUAAGCACUGCGGUCCUUUUAGAACUUGAAUGUUUUCAAACUGUCCUCAAAAGGAUUGCUCAUUGAAGGAAAAUAAGAGUAAAAGGUAGUUAAAUUGCACAUUAGCACUGUGAUGGUUAAAAUCAUACAUCAUUUUUAGCGUAAUCAUUGGCUCUUGCAUAAUCUCCGUAAAAAUAAUAUACAAUAAAAAUAUAAAUAUUUAAGGGAAUGACUCCUCUGAUUCCCUGGUUUGCUAUAUUGGAUAUGUUAUGGAAUGUGCAGUCAGUACCACGUUAUUAUUGGAUACUUAUGUUCAUCUGUGAAUAUUUAAUCAUUUUGUAACCUUUGUUAUAAACUGUUUAGGCUGUAUAUAGCAGAGGCAAAAUGCCUCAUGUAAAAUGUAAUAGUGACGCUUAAAAAACGUUGCGUCUUGGGUCACGAAUGUCCCCUUGACGCCAUACAAACGGAGGAUUCAUAUAUAUUUUUGGCCUUGUUGAUUUCUUAACGCAUAGAUGUGUACAUUGGAAAAGACUUUGGUCUUCCACAUGCAUCCCUGCUGCGCUGAACACAGAAUCCUCCUUGAUUUUAAGAGCUUCACUUGCAUAUUUUCUUUUUUGUAUGAUGCACUGAAAAUACAUACUUUUGACAAGAGGUUUGGAACAUAGAAGUGUUACCGGUCACUUUAUAAACUCUUAAACUUAGUAUAUGGUAGACUAGCUGCUGCAUUAUUUGUUACAACAUGUAUGUAAUGUUACUAUGGAAGAUGUAAUGUCCUUCUGUAAAUGUUGUUUAUUGUUGUUUUACCUGAAAUAAAGUUUAUUAAUGCUUAAAAA